CUCCACAGAAAAGACAGAAGAAGAGCGGGGAAAAAAACAACAACCUCUCUGGCCGCCAUUGGGGGCAUUGCGCCUGUUAACACAACAGGACCAAGACAUGCUAGCUCAUUUCUUGACAGCAAAAACCUUUAAUAAGUUUAUUUUUAGUUUUCUCUUUAGCAUUGUUGGUUGAAGUGUCGCUGCAACAACAAGCAGCCGCUUUCUAAACGAGGGUCAGUGGUUCACAGGAGGAUUCGCUUCAAAUCUGACGCUCAGGAUGGAUCUGCACUGGCUGUCUAUGACCUGACUUCAAACUUGGAAGCUGUCAUUUGAGUCACCUGAUUCUCAUCCCUGAAGCUGUUCCUGGACUCACCAGACUCCUCACAGUAUGAGAGACCAUCAGAGGGGAAGCAGCAUCAGGAAAUUCUCAGUACCGACAGGAAGACUCGUCAGAAUGACCACCGUGACCUGAGAGCUUAGUCAGUUUUUUUACGCGCUGCUAAAAUGGCGUCGCCGGUCUGGCAGUUCUACCAGGUCUCCGAAAAAGACAGUAAAUUUGCAAUUUGCAAGGUGUGUUCCAAGGAAAUCCCUCGUGGAGGAUCACAACCCAAAAAAUUCAACACCACGAACCUCAUCAGACAUUUGAAGGUGAGGCAUGCCGAGGAAUAUGACGAGUUUUCAAAGCUAGCCAGCACCAAGGCAGAGAGGGAGCGGUUCCGUUUAGCGGCUCAAGCACCACUCACUCAGCUGCCGGUAACAGAGACGUUGCAACAGCAGCAGCCCUACAGCAAGACCAGCAAGAAACCAAAAGAAAUAUCAGCCAAAAUUAUGGAAUUCAUUUGCCUUGAUCACCAGCCGCUGUCUAUCGUGGAGGACGAAGGGUUCAAAAGACUCAUGUCCUACUUGGAUCCACGCUACAUUCUGCCAGGACGUAAAUAUUUCACUGAUGUAUGCCUGCCGCAGUUAUACCAAGAAGUGUAUACACAUAUUGACAAUCUCAUGAGGGACAACAUCAAAUCGUUCAGUUUCACAAGUGACAUUUGGAGUUCAAAUGUAUGUCCCAUGUCCAUGUUGAGCCUCAACGCGCAGUUUGUUGAUGAAAACUUUGAACUACACAAAGUUGUUCUUCAUUCUCAAGAUUUCUCAGGGUCACACACGGUGGAGGCUCUCGCUGCCACAUUCAUCGACAUGUUCCAGACGUGGGGAAUCCCAAAGGAAAAGGUGCACGUUAUUCUAAGGGUUAAUGCCAAGAACAUGGAGAAGGCCAUGAGGGAUGCGGAUUUACCCAGCCUUCCAUGCAUGGCGCAUACACUCCAGCUUGCUGUGUCUGAGGGAGUUUUGUCACAGCGUAGCUUCAGUGACGUAAUAGCCUCUGGAAGACGCAUCGUCAGUCAUUUCAAACACUCCCAGCUUGCCUACUCACGACUACAAAGUAUCCAGAAACAACUGGGCCAGCCUAUUAAAAGGCUACAGCAAGACGUCCCCACCAGGUGGAACAGUACUUUGUACAUGCUCCAGAGUCUACUGGAGCAGAGACGGGCCCUGUCUGCUUAUGGAGCUGACUAUGACUUACCUGCCAUGUUCACAGACAGCCAGUGGACAUUGGUGGAAAAUAUGAUUUCCCUGCUCGCCCCCUUUGAGGAGCUCACACAGCAAAUCAGCUUAUCGACUGCAUCGGCUGCAGAUGUCAUACCAUCCAUCAGAGCUUUAACUCGUCUCCUUGAGAAGACGGCAGAGACUGACCAGGAUGCUAAAACGUCUAAAGCCACGUUGUUGGAAGCGGUCCAGAAGCGAUUCCGUGACAUUGAAUCUGAGCGCUUGUAUACCAUUGCCACAGUCCUCGAUCCGAGGUAUAAAGACAGAUAUUUUCCCGACGCACUCAAACCCCAGAUUCGUGAGCUGCUUUCUGACGUCCUGGCUGCUGGGCCGGAGCAGCAGAAUGGUGAGGGGAGUCUGGCAGCGAGCGACUCCGAGCCCCCAGAGAAAGUCCCACGAGCUGGCUCCUUGCAUGCUAUGUAUGCCGAACUGUUGGAUGAAGACGGGGAACACGGCGGCGACGACAGCUGCAGCUCAGCAUCGUCGCAGAUGAACCUCUACCUGUCGGAGCCAGUUAUCCCACGAAACGGACAGCCGCUUGUUUUUUGGCAGUACAAUAAAGGCCGCUUUCCAGCUCUCGCACAAGCGGCACGGACCUACCUGUGCGCCCCGUGCACAAAUGUGGACAGCAAGCAACUUUUCAUCACCGGUGGGAACGUUGUAGAUGACAAGAGGAACAAGCUGUCUGCCAAAAAUGUGGAGAUGCUUAUUUUUAUAAAGAAAAAUAUGCCAUUGAUGCUAAAGAAGUGAGCGUCGAGAUCUCUAUCCCUCCCUCUUACCUUAUAGUGCUCUCUCAAACUGCCUCAGCUUCCUAGAACAAAAAGCAGCUACUACAGACCUUAUCAUUGACUUGUGAUAUAGAAGCCGUCACGACGGUGCAGCUGUGGCUCCGUAAUUAGAGUGUCAGCGUGCUUUACUUGACAUCUCCAGAGACACCUGCUCAAAGCCCAACAACACGAUACGACACGUGGCAGACUGACUUGUUUGGCCUGCACUGAGAAGUGAGCUUAAGUUACAAAUAUAGAUCGAUACAGAUGUGGAGGUAGACAUUUUUUUUGUUGGUUUGUGUUUUUGUAUCUUGUUACUUUCUGGUCACUUUAUUGCCUGCGGUCCGCUGUCUUCUAAAUGCAGAGAACAACUGAGGCCUGACUGGACGGAUUGAGCCAGUGGCCAAAAAUUGAAUGGAACAAGAGUUUCCUUUUGUCUUCCCGCCUUUUUUAAAUUCAUACUUUCUAAAAAGAAAAUUUCAAAACCAUGAAUAAAAAAUUUGAAAUUACUUUUCUGUUAUUUUUUUUUCAAAAAUGCAAACCCCAAAUCUCAAAGUUAGAAAUACUAUACCAAUUGAAAAAUUAUACAAAUAUGCUCUAAUUAAUGAUUUUUUUUCUUUUUAAAAAAAAAUUGUAUUAAAACUGAGUGCCUCAGAUUUUUUUCAUCUCUAGCCAAACCACAACUAUGUUACUGUCUCCCAUAUAUUCAGACCUUAUGCAGCUCUGUCACUGUCUUGAAUGAAUACUUCCUGGCAAGAUGACCAUUUGUAUAUAAAUAACUCACUGUGUGUUACCUUGAAUUUGUGAGGAAACUGUUUUUCUCACAUGCCUCUAUGAUGAUGGAGUAUUUCUAAAAAGGGGAACAUUCUUCAUCAAUUGAAAUAACUGGGGAACUUGCUCAAGCAGAGCUCAUACAUUCACUGGCCACUUUAUUAGGUACACCUGUUCAACUGCAUGUUAUCGCAGAUACCUAAUCAGCCAAUCACAUGCCAGCAACUCAAUGCAUUUCGGUCAGAGGAGAAUGGCCAGACUGGUUCAAGAUGAUAGAAAGGCAACAGGAAGUCAAAUAAGCACUGGUUCCAACCAAGGUCUGCAGAAGACCAUCUCUGAAGCAACAACACCUUGUCCAACCUUGAAGCAGUGUACCCAUCUUCUGAUGGCUACUUCCAGCAGGAUAACGCACCAUGUCACAAAGCUCACAUCAUCUCAAACAUGACAAUGAGUUCACUGUACUCCAAUGGCCUCCACAGUCACCAGAUCUCAGUCCAAUAGAGCACCUUUGGGAUGUGGUGGAACGGGAGAUUCUCAUCAUGGAUGUGCAGCCGACAAAUCUGCAGCAACUGUGUGAUGUCAUCAUGUCAAUAUGGACCACCAUCUCUGAGGAAUGUUUCCAGCACCUUGUUGAAUCUGUGACACCAGGAGUUAAGGCAGUUCUGAAGGCAAAAGGGGUCCAACCUGGUACUAGCAAGAUGGGUUUGGGAGGUACUGAGCAUACUACUGGAUAAAUGAGACUUGGAUUAUACUGCACAAGUUGUGUGUUUGUAAACUGAAUAUUCUUUUUUAGAUUCUCUGUCCACUGUGGAGGCGUGAGAGAAAAACAAACGGGGUGAGUCAUUGACAUACAAAUGGUCAUUUUGUGGGUGAAGUAUUCCUUUAAUGCUCUCAUUGUCCCUUUACCUGCAUAAGUGAUUUAUUGACACUGUAAAUCAUAAAACCAGCCUUGUUUGAAUACUCCAUAUGACACUCAUUUGUCAAGUUAGUUAGUUUGGGUUAUGAUGGAAACAUUUGGCUCCUUUGUUCAUUUCAAAGUAUGCACAUUAGACUGAGAACAGCUGUGGUAUUUAUAAUUUGACUUUUAUGUCUCCUACAUUUGGUGCACACAUAAUAAUCCCCUUAUAUUUAGUUUAAAUGCUUAUUCUCACUUUUUCUCUUUUUUCUCUUGCAUGUAAAGAUAUUUUUCUACUCUGUAUCACUUUAAAUUUGUAACCAACUGGACAAACAUGACAAAAUGCAGAAUAAAUUUAUCUACAAUGAG